ACCUGAGCCCCGGCCGCCCGGCGGGGGGCGCGUGCCGGCCGCAGGUGAGUGCAGGCGCCCCAUCUCUGGCCGCCGGCACACCAUGGAGCUCUCCCCGUCGUCUGCGGGGGCCGCCGACGCGCUGUCCUGGCCGGACAUGUACUCCGGGUUGGACUCGGACUCGCCCCUGCCCCCCGACGAGUUGGAUUCGGGCGUCCCCCUGAGCAGCGCCGUGGCUGGGGGCAUGCUGGAUCGGAUCCUGCUGGAGUCCGUGUGCCAGCAGCAGAGCUGGGUCCGGGUGUAUGAUGUGAAAGGGCCACCCACUCACCGUCUGUCAUGUGGCCAGUCACCCUACACUGAAACAACAACAUGGGAGCGGAAGUAUUGCAUACUAACAGAUAGCCAGUUGGUGUUGCUCAACAAAGAGAAGGAGAUCCCUGUGGAGGGGGGACAGGAGCAACAGAGUGAUUCCACCAAAGGGAGAUGCCUGAGGAGAACUGUGAGUGUCCCUUCUGAGGGUCAGUUUCCUGAAUACCCACCAGAUGGCGCAGCCAAACUGGAGGUGCCAGCAGAAAGGUCCCCAAGAAGACGGAGCAUCUCAGGGACCAGCACAUCAGAGAAACCCAACUCCAUGGAUGCUGCAAAUACUUCACCAUUCAAAGUACCAGGAUUCUUCAGCAAGCGCUUGAAAGGCUCCAUAAAGAGGACCAAAAGUCAAUCAAAACUUGACAGGAACACAAGUUUCCGGCUCCCAUCACUUCGCAACACAGAUGACAGGUCUCGUGGAUUACCCAAGCUAAAAGAGUCUCGUUCCCAUGAAUCUUUGCUCAGCCCAUGUAGUGCUGUAGAAUGUCUGGACCUUGGCAGAGGAGAACCAGUAUCAGUAAAACCACUGCAUAGCAGCAUACUUGGACAAGACUUCUGCUUUGAGGUAACCUACUUGAGUGGAAGUAAAUGUUUCAGCUGUAAUUCAGCUUCAGAGAGAGACAAGUGGAUGGAAAAUCUACGCCGAACAGUACAACCCAAUAAGGAUAAUUGUAGAAGGGCUGAGAAUGUUUUACGGUUGUGGAUUAUUGAAGCCAAGGACCUGGCCCCCAAGAAGAAGUAUUUUUGUGAGCUGUGCCUUGAUGAUACCCUUUUUGCUCGUACAACUAGCAAGACCAAAGCAGACAAUAUUUUCUGGGGUGAACAUUUUGAAUUUUACAGCCUUCCCCCUCUCCAUAGCAUCACAGUUCACAUUUAUAAGGACAUGGAAAAAAAGAAGAAAAAGGACAAGAAUAACUAUGUAGGACUUGUCAACAUUCCCACAGCUAGUGUGACUGGCCGCCAGUUUGUGGAGAAAUGGUACCCCGUGAGCACGCCCACACCCAACAAAGGGAAGACGGGAGGCCCGUCUAUUCGGAUUAAGUCGCGUUUCCAGACCAUCACCAUUCUGCCUAUGGAGCAGUACAAAGAAUUUGCCGAAUUUGUCACCAGCAACUACACCAUGCUGUGCUCUGUCUUAGAGCCUGUGAUUAGUGUGCGGAACAAAGAAGAGCUGGCUUGUGCCUUAGUGCACAUUCUUCAGAGCACUGGCAGGGCCAGGGAUUUUCUGACAGACCUGGUGAUGUCUGAGGUAGAUCGUUGUGGAGAGCACGAUGUAUUGAUCUUCAGGGAGAACACAAUCGCCACCAAAUCCAUUGAAGAGUAUCUGAAGCUAGUAGGACAGCAGUAUCUCCAUGAUGCGCUUGGGGAGUUCAUCAAGGCUCUGUAUGAGUCAGAUGAGAAUUGUGAAGUAGAUCCCAGCAAAUGUUCAUCCAGUGAAUUGUUUGACCACCAAAGCAACCUGAAAAUGUGCUGUGAGCUGGCUUUUUGCAAAAUCAUCAACUCUUACUGCGUUUUCCCCCGUGAAUUGAAAGAAGUGUUUGCAUCUUGGAAGCAACAGUGCCUGAACAGAGGCAAGCAAGAUAUCAGUGAGCGUCUGAUCAGUGCCUCGCUGUUCCUCCGUUUCUUGUGCCCGGCUAUUAUGUCCCCCAGCCUUUUCAGCCUUAUGCAGGAAUAUCCUGAUGACCGGACAUCUAGGACUUUGACACUCAUUGCCAAGGUUAUUCAGAACCUUGCAAAUUUUGCCAAGUUUGGUAACAAAGAGGAAUACAUGGCUUUCAUGAAUGAUUUCUUAGAACAUGAGUGGAGUGGAAUGAAGCGCUUUCUUCUGGAAAUUUCUAACCCAGACACCAUCUCAAAUACCCCUGGCUUUGAUGGCUACAUUGAUCUGGGCAGAGAGCUUUCUGUUUUGCAUUCCUUAUUAUGGGAAGUUGUUUCCCAACUUGAUAAGGGUGAAAAUUCCUUCCUACAGGCUACGGUGGCAAAAUUGGGACCACUCCCUCGUGUUCUUGCUGAUAUUACCAAGUCUCUCACUAAUCCUACACCAAUACAGCAGCAAUUGAGACGUUUCACUGAACAUAACUCCAGCCCAAAUGUCAGUGGCAGUCUCUCCUCAGGGCUGCAGAAGAUAUUUGAGGACCCCACUGACAGUGAUUUGCACAAGUUAAAAUCUCCAACCCAGGAAAACACAGAUAGCUAUUUUAGAGGUAAAACAUUACUGUUGGUUCAGCAGGCAUCCUCCCAAAGCAUGACUUAUUCAGAAAAAGAUGAAAAGGAAAAUGGACUUCCUAAUGGAAGGAGCAUUUCACUUAUGGAUCUUCAGGACCCCCAUGCUGCUCAAAUGGACCAUACAUCCAUCAUGUUGGAUGUGCCCAUGCGGUUGACCGGCAGCCAGCUUUCCAUCACUCAAGUGGCUAGUAUCAAACAACUCCGAGAGACACAGAGUACCCCACAGAGUGCCCCCCAAGUGAGGAGACCUUUGCAUCCUGCCUUGAGCCAGCCAGGCAGCCUCCAACCCUUGUCCUUCCAAAACCCAGUGUAUCACCUCAACAACCCCACCCCAUCCAUGCCAAAGGCCUCUGUGGAUUCCAGUUUGGAGAACUUAAGCACUGCCAGCUCCAGAAGCCAAAGUAAUAGUGAAGAUUUCAAACUCAGUGGACCCAGCAACAGCAGCCUGGAAGACUUUGCCAAACGCAGUACCCAGAGUGAAGACUUUUCUAGGCGGCACACAGGGCCUGAUAGACACAUACCUCUUGCCCUUCCACGGCAAAAUAGUACUGGGCAAGCACAGAUCCGCAAAAUGGACCAGAUCGGGCUGGGCGCCCGAGCCAAAGCCCCUCACUCCCUGCCCCACAGCGCUUCCUUACGGAGCACGGGAAGCAUGUCAGUAGCUUCGGCAGCCUUAGUGGCUGAACCUGUGCAGAAUGGAAGCAGGUCCCGGCAGCAGUCCUCCUCCUCCAGAGAAAGUCCUGUCCCCAAAGUGAGAGCAAUCCAGCGGCAGCAAACACAGCCGGUUCAGUCACCUGUAGAUUCUGCCACAAUGUCUCCAGUGGAGAGAACAGCAGCCUGGGUUCUAAAUAAUGGGCAGUAUGAAGAAGACGAAGAUGACACUGAGCAAAAUCAAGAUGAUGUCAAACAUGCAGAGAAGUAUGAGCAGGAAAUCGCCAAGUUGAAAGAGCGCCUGAAAGUGUCGAGCCGGAGGCUGGAGGAAUAUGAGCGGCGGCUCCUGGUUCAGGAACAGCAAAUGCAGAAGCUGCUGAUGGAGUACAAAGCCAGGCUGGAGGACAGCGAGGAACGUCUCCGCAGGCAGCAGGAAGAGAAGGAGAGCCAGAUGAAGAGCAUCAUUAGCAGGCUAAUGGCUGUAGAAGAGGAGUUGAAGAAAGAUCAUGCUGAGAUGCAGGCAGUUAUUGAUGCAAAGCAGAAAAUAAUUGAUGCACAGGAAAAGCGGAUCGUGUCCCUGGAUUCAGCCAAUACACGGCUGAUGAGUGCCCUAACCCAGGUGAAGGAACGCUACAGCAUGCAGGUCCGCAAUGGCAUCUCUCCCACCAACCCCACCAAGCUUUCCAUCACGGAGAAUGGUGAAUUCAAAAACAGCAGCUGCUAACCAGCCCUCCUGAAGAGACAGUGGAGAAUGAAAAAAAAAUUUGUAUUGGAAAAUACAACCUAUCCCCUUAUCCCCAGCCCUUCAUCCUGCCCUCCAGGUUUACAGAAUGCUGCUAAAUUGGAAUGGCAACAUAAAGGAACUAUUGAGUGGUGAAAGAAACCAUCUCCUUCAGGGCAUAAGACUAAGACUAUAGAGUUAAUGCUCUUUUCCCAUAUUUCUUUGUACAUAAGGAAUUCAAUUCUGGGCCAUGUACAGAAAAUGCCACUGUAAUAUACCCAAAGGAAGUUAAUAAUGUAGAUUACCUUUUUAAUUAUUGCUAUUUUUAUUAUUGUUGUUUUUCUCUUGUUAAAAGCACUGCAGUUAGUAGAGAAGGAAAAAUAGGAACUAUAUGUGAGUGAGGAAAUGAGUUUAUGGGUUUAAUAGAAAGAAACUAUUUCUGACUGAUAUAAGCCCUUGAAGUGCAACAACAGAUUGGCAGAAUUAACUUUUCAAAGGAUUAUUCUGCUAGUCUGAAAACCAUUUUUGAUCCCUUGAUUCUUUAUAAACAAACAAACAAAAAAAAAAAAAAAACACAGCAAGAUCCAAUCAAAAGAAUUCUAUACCAUUGGUUAGCUAAGAUUGGAUCUGAUCAAAGAGCCUUUGGCAUCCACUAUUGCAAGGACAGAGGCCAAAAGUUACUGUAGCAUCAUUGAACUUUGGGGAUAAUGUCUAGAUUCCUGUUAGUUAAUGUAUUUCCUUCUCUUUAUGACAGAUUUUCUCUUUAGUAGACAAAAGAGAAUAUCCAGUUUUAAAUAGGGGAUUUUUUUCACCCCAGUUGUAAUAAAAGGUAUUUUUUUCCUUUUUAGAGUUUACAGAACUGUAAAUAUUUGUCUCUAAAUACCAUCCUGCAUCUUUGUACACUUCAAUGUCCUCUUCUCACCCAUAAUGGGAGCAAUCAUACCAAAAAGGAUUUAUUCUCUAUUAUCAAAAGUCAUCCCAAUCUCUUAUCCACAUUCCAUCUGGGAAAAAAAACAAGCAGAUUUAUUGUUUCUGCCCUCCUUCCUCUUCCCCCAAAAAGGGCUAACUAAACAACAUUAAGACCCUAUAUAAUUUCUGGUUUUCAGAUCUAUCAUAAAUGUUUUUCUGCUUUUAAAAAUCACUAUGUUCAUUUAGAUUUAGUUUCUUAUCUAUCAAAGUGACAAAUUGGUUUUAUCUAGAUUACUUCGUCUUCCUCACAUUACCCCCAGUCAAAUUUGGAACUGAGUCCAAAUCAGAAUUCCCACACUUAGUAAAAUGAAGUCUGCUCUCCUCCCAAAAGGAAACUGAAUCAGGAGAUUGGGGGGUGAUAAGCUGUUUGUACACAAAAGUCUUCAUCUUCAGAGGAGUAGUUAAAUCUCUCAUAAUAACAGAAUUUGCUAUGGAGACCCAUUCUCAACAUUUUUCAGCCAUGGCUUUCCUACCGGAAAUAGUCUGUUACAAUCACAUGAACUAUUUAUUUCCUUUGUUCAGGAGCUGUGAAAAGUUAUCUUGGGUGAAUCUUUCAUUAACAAAAGUACAGAAUUUUACACAUUAAAGAGUUAUCAUACAUAUAUAGUUGCACAAGUAUACAUAUAACUAUGCACAAAUAGGAAACAGUCAAACCUUCUAUACCGUCAAAUACAGUAAGGUCAAAGUGUCUUUGCUAUCUUUAGCCAGGUCUUAGCAGUAAUUUUGGUUAUGGGAGAGAAAUGUCUAAUAUAAGUAACAAUAAUGUUUGAUUUAAAAUAUAAUUUUUUAAAAAAAUAACAAACUUAAAAGACCAACCACGUGCCUGAAGUAAGCAUCCAUGGAUGGUGGUAGUAGCUUUUUCUUCAGCAUCAGAAUAAACAAGGGGAGAAAAGGAAGUCAUUUAUGAUACAACCUUGGUUGAUAGACCAGCCUAGUCACAUUUACCUCCCAACCUCACGUUCUUUUUCUCUUCAGCUUUGUUCUCUAUCAGGUCAGUAUUUUGCAACCCUCUGAACUUUCUUAUAUCUGUGCUUCUGAGUGAUCUUUCCCCCUUCCUUAUACUCCUUUCUCCAGCUCCUAAUGCCACAGAACAGAUCUGAAGUAGGAGCUUCUCUCUAUAUUGGCUUGCCCACAACCCCCAUAUUUUAAGUUUGAGAAACCCAUGUAUUCCCAGAUGUUACUUCAUCCUCUUUUUUAUUUAUGUCCCCUUAGAAUAUAUUUCUUAUGUCUUUCUCCUUCAUAUUGAAAGUACUGACCUGAUUCUGGUAGUUUUGUUUGAGAAGCUUCAAAAGUACUACUUUUUUUUUUAAAUGCCCAAUUUUGUGUGAAUUCAAAAUACCAAUACCUUAUCCUCCUUACAUAGCUAUUCUCAUCUCUAGCAAAAUUAAUUCUAUGCGCAGCUGUAUACCAUAGAAAACUUGGUAAAUGGAUUGUCAGUUUUAAUGGUUUUAAGUAUGUUCUGUGGGUGAUCUCUAGAACUGAGAUUCAGAAACUAGUGUGUCCGACUAUAGAUGAUGUCGUGAAGGCUUGUAAGUUUACCUAUAUUGGAUAUAAGCUUUUGGGUGAGUGCUGUUUACGUAAGGUGAUGGAUCAGACUAGAUGUCAAGUGUUAGCUUUAUGUUAUUCCACUGAAAGUUUUGAUGUGAUCAAAUCCUGUGAUUAAAUAUCUAAACCUCAUGGGAAUAUAUUAGCCCUUUGCAUAAGAAACACUUAGUAUGUGGAAGGAGAAAAGGAGAGAAACAGUACAGAUGUUUUGGGGUCCAAGUUAGCAGGAUUAUAAGUAAAUUAAGUAACUAUUGUUUUCAAAGAUGUUGACAAUAUUAUAUUUAAAUUUAGUUUUAUCCAUUUAAAAAAUUUAGAUUAUUUAAAUAAAUUUAAAUUAUUUAAAUUAUCCAUUUAUAACCUUUUCAGCCAAAUCUUUUAUUCUGAGUAUUUCUAUCAAGUUUACUACCCAUUCAACAUUUGAUCAGUAGGCUCAAAAGAAAAGAGCUACAGGAAGGUAACAAUAUCUGCUCUUUUGAUUGUUAUUUAAUAUUUGAGUUUUCCAUUUCCAACUCUGUUAGAUAAUAUGAUAGAGAACACCAACAUAAAGGUAAGUGGCCCUGCUUCAGUGCAUUGAUGAGCCCAAAUAGGAUCCAUACAAUAACCUUUUUUCCUUCUACAAGGGAGACUUUUGUGGUGGAGCUAAUUGGUAAAUUCCAUUAAAUGCCAUGCUCCUUGCUCCUCCUGACUUACCUGUUGUUAGGUAUAAAAUAGUCUUUGUUUGAAUAGGAUGUGGAAUUCUGCAAAGUGCCUAUGUAGGUGAUCCCAAGUUAUGGGCAGUAGUAAAGACAUUUGAAUGAAUGUUGCUAUGAUUCAGGAAAAGAGCUUCAUGUUUCAUAUUCCUAUCUCAGGAAUGAUCAAGCCUGUUAGGUCUGGUCUCCAAAUGAGUUAAAAUUCCAUCAACUCAUAAUGUUCCCUGAGUCUUAGCAAUAAAAAUUGUGAGGGGAAAUUGUGACUAGGGGCCAGUUUCUUGCAGCAAAUUAAAUGUAGCAUAGAGUUUUUUUCUGUAGCAUUAGGUCUGUUUGCUUAGGUACUCUAGGCAGUCCAGAUAAACUUUCUGUUGAGUUUUUUAUUCCUUUUACUGAUAGUGGAUUGUCCUGCCUCUCUUGAAAGGAAGAAGUAUCUUGGACUGCUGUCUAAAUUAAUUAUAUGCUCUUGAAUACAAUCUUAACUCUAGAAGUAAAGGUUUUCAAAUUUGUGACUACCUCUCUCUAGUCUUUUCAUUAAAUCCCACUGCCCUUGUCACUCUGUCAUUUCCUUGAGCUUAAUCAGAGUUUCAGGAAGCUGCUGCAGGGGAAGAUCAGCAUCAUUUGGCUCAAUUUCUACCCCAAUCUACAUUGAGAUUAUCUUCUGGCCUUGGCCCUUUAGAGGCCAAUCCUUCUACCAAUUUAGGGAAUUAGAUUAUUCUAAGAGCCCACCAUCAAACCCAUCAGGCAUAUACCAGAAUAGACCUAGACACACCAGUAUGAACCGUGAACCUGAACCCUCUCACUAGCUCAGACCUUCUGUCCCAGAACCCAUGCCACAGUCUAAAUAAUUCUUAUUCUCUGCACUUUUGGAAGUACUUUGUGUGGGCAUAGUUUUUGAAGAGAAUGUAUGGACAGCAACUUGCCACAAUUAUAAGAAAUUUCUCUUCAACCUAUUCCCAUUUUAUCAUCCCUCUCUCCAAACACUCAUACAUUGAGAACCAAUCAUUUAAUUUUCAAAAUGUCAUUUUCAGAACAAUGGCAAGUAUCUAUUUUAAUGAUUCUUUUUUUUAAAAGAGAGUUUUGAAAUUUCAAACAGAAGUAAAUUUGUUAUUUUGAAUUAUUGUCCUUUGUUGCUAAAAGCAUUCUCCUGUUAUUAGUACCCAGCUGAGAAUGCUGCACUCUUGAUUUUAGGAAGGACCAAAGCAAUGAAAUUUACAUGAGAUGAAAUAAAUAUCUCAUGAAGAGAGAAAGAACCAGAGAAGGAUGCAUGAUCUACAUGCAGCCUCAUGCAUAUUAGCCUUCUCUACAAUCCAAAGAACUCACAGUUUUAAAGAAGGCUAAAAAGGUUUAUAUUUCCCCACCAUGUAUAAAAUGUCUUGCUAGUAGUAUGACAUGAUGAUUUCAACAAAGAACAAACAUGGUUUCCUAAGACCUUUCUCUAUUUUUAGAAUAUCUACUUCAUUCUGUAAAAAUGAUUAUCACUGUUGAAUCACAUUGCCCUAACAUCAUUUCAUCAUUAUAUGCCUCCCUCCUAAAAAUGGCAAUGACAUAUUCUGACAUGCCCCAUUUACCCCCAUCUUAUUUUUAGAAAUAAGGCUUUUCAGAUUUGCCUCUACCUCUCUCCUAUACAUGCCCAUUUCUCUUUCAAUGUGAGAAUAUCAUAAGAUCUCUUGAAAGAAUAAGAGGAUGAUAACAUGGGAGAUCUUCCUUCAGAGCAGAGAAUCAUCCUGGGCCAGAUCUAAAGAAGCCUACCUAGCUAGUUAUUUCCUUACUAUUGGACCAAGAUAAUUUAGAAAUGGUCAGUGAGCCAUCCCAACAAAGGUUAUACAUCGUCAUGCAGUAGGCAAACCAAAGACAAAAGGGGAUGUAUUUAAAAGGCCUUGUUGAUGUUCUAGGACCAGCUCCUUACACUAUUAUUAAACUUAAACUUCUUUAUGGGUUUAAGACCCCAUUAUGGGAUCUUUCAACUGAAUGUGGGAGUUGCAAAAUUACUGAUUCAUUAUUGGCAUAUUUGAUUUGUACACCUGUUUUAUAUACCUGUAUACUUAGGGCCGCGUUUCUAGGGUGAAAAGGGAUUGUGAGUGGAAAAAGUUUAAGAAGCCCUGUUCUAGGACAUAUUUUAAUCCCAUACUCAUUUUGUUUUUCCCACUUCAACUUACCCAUUUGCCUCUUGGAAAUAUCUCUGAUUUAGAUCUUCAAACAGGUUAUUUUGUCAAGUAGUGGGAGGAUAUGGUCAUUAAAAUCUAGGCCUGUCAAGGUUACCAUAAUGUUUAUAUAUUUGUAAAAUCAGAAAAGAUAAUGUUUAUAUGUGUCAUUUCUAAAUUCCCAGGGGGGAGGGGGAAUACUCAAGUCAUCUCUUCCGUAACAGGUUGAAUACAAGUUACUCAUUUGAUAGCCACUCUUUGCAAAUAAGUUAAAACUAAUAAUGAAGGUGACAUUUUUGACUGGUGCUUAGAUAUUUCCUCUUAUUUUAACUAGCUCUCAGAAACAACAGCACAUCAACCUGCGUCACUCCCAUGAGGAAAUUACCUUUUAAAAAUAGAUUUUUUUUUUCAUCUCCAGGGCCUUAAUAAGCAUGUGUUACUACACAGGGCUAUUUUACAAUGAUCAAGCUAAAUAAUUUAUUUUUUAUUUCAUGAAAGAGAAAUACACCUUAGAAAAACAAAACCCAAGAUUUUAUUUUAUUUUUAAAGCCAUAUUUUUGUGCUAGUAGCACAUGGAUUGUUCCAUAUGUGAGAUCCAUAUCUGCAUUUCAUUACCUGGGUUUAUUCUAAAGAAGAUUUAUUUUUGUUCUGUGAAUAAUUUUUGACGGUUCUUGUACAUGUACAGAUAUAGAUACAUUUGAGGUCUUUUAUUGAUAUUCCUACAAAGAAUACAAAUAAACUUUAACUUUAAACA